AUGAUUCCAGCAAUGAGCACAAUUGAUAGUAGAGUAAUGAUAGUUACAGAAUAGUAUACUAAUAGACGAGCCUCAAUGCAGCUGUCUCCAUUAGGUUCAGCUGAGAAAAGGAGACGAUAUCCUUUAUAGUAGACUUCGUGGUCGGACUUAAAAACAAGUGAUAACGUCUCCUUGGUGUUUCGGAUUAGAUGUGGAAGUUUCUUCUUUCCGUGGAACAUCUCCAUGGGCCGUCCAAAGAUAUUCCAUCCAUCGAAUAGCGACAGCUUAUCGUUAUAGGGUUCCCAGUAGAAGUCGGUAAUGUUCAGUACAACAUGAUGCCCUUCCGGAGCGACUAUUCUCGUGACGCAAAGCAUGUCGUUACAGCAUGACAGAGGAUAAGCGGGCGAUGUCAGCACAUCCCACUCGCCAACAACUGCAGUUCUAAUUGAGCUGUUGUCACAAGAACAUCCUAGAAGUAAUGGAAGCAGCUCGCGCUGUUCAUCGCUUACAAAGCAGUUCCUUGUCCGACCUUCAUUGGGCAUCCAACUGACGAGAAAUGAUGACAUCGCAGACGAUAAUGACGAAUUUGCUCGCACAUCACGCUUGUACGAAAUGGUUACUGCUUGUGGAUUCUUUGGUAACCUCCAUUCCUUUCUGACAAGUACCCUCGAUUUACUCGAAAACUGUCGUAUGUCAUUCCCGGUGGCCACUGUGAGCAUAUCAGCCUCCGACGUAAAAUUAAACAAUGCAACGAAUUUAUAUCAUGUGUUAUUGAUGGAAUAG